CGCACACCUCUCCCCCUCUCAUCAGGCAUCACUCCACUCCACUCCAUCCCCCUCCUCUCUCUCUCCUCACCCCUCCCACGUACUCACUCUCGUCACUGGGACUAGUAAAAGGCCACUGCUAGCAGCUACUAGCUCGUACUCUGUAACGACCAGCACUGGUCACUUAUUACUCGUUUCAAGCAGUAGUAGUACGUCGUACGGUUAGCUAGCUCUUAGGCAGCUAGCUUAGUUCUUGUGUUGGCGAUGGCGUCGGAGUGGGAAAUGGCCAUGGGGGUGGAGCUCGGCAUGGGAAUGGGCACGUACCACCACAACGCCUCCAGCAUCACCACCGCGCCGAUGAUGAGUAGUCACCACAACGGCGGCGCCAGCUACUCCACGGUGCACCACCACCACCAUUACUACGGGAUGCCGCCCAUGGGUGACGACGCCGCCAUGCGCGUGGACGACCUCUCCACCGGCGGCGGCGCUGGCGCCCACGAGUUCUUCCCCACCGCGGCCACCUCGGGGCCCAUGGUGGGUGAGCCGUCACCCACCGUCAACUCCUCGGAUCACCAGACGUCGUCGCUCCUCUCCUUCGCUGAUGAGUUCUACAUACCCAGCGAGGAAGCUGCCGAGCUGGAGUGGCUAUCCAAGUUCGUGGACGACUCAUACUCGGACAUGCCGAAUUACUCGUCGGCCGCGCAUCAUGCCGCAAUGGCGGCGGCGGCGGCUGCUAACGCAGCAGCAGCCGGCAAUGGAGGAGGCACCUCGGCCGGUCAAGACAGCUGCGUCACCGCCGCGGCGCCUGGCCGCGGCGCGCGUAGCAAGCGGUCCGGCCGCGCGACUGCCGCGGCGUGGCAGUCCCUCGUGCCGCGCCCACCAUCGCAGUCGUCGUCGCCAAUUCCAUCAUCACCGUCCUGCUCGUCUUCGGACUUCACGUCGUCGUCGAACAAGCCGGCACGCCCGACGAACGGCGGCGGCAGCCGCGGCAAGAAGAGCCCGGCGGGGACGGCUGGGGAGGAGGUGGGCAUGGUGGACGGCGGCGUGCGUCGGUGCACGCACUGCGCGUCGGAGAAGACGCCGCAGUGGCGGUCGGGGCCACUGGGCCCCAAGACCCUGUGCAACGCGUGCGGCGUGCGGUUCAAGUCCGGGCGGCUGAUGCCGGAGUACCGGCCGGCGGCCAGCCCCACGUUCGUGCUCACGCAGCACUCCAACUCGCACCGCAAGGUCGUGGAGCUGCGCCGCCAGAAGGAGCUCAUCCUCAUCCGCGGAAGCCACCGGGACGCCGCGGCGGCCGCGGCUGCAGGAUCCGCCGGCGGGCCGAGGCCGGAGGAGCUCAUGUUCCGUGACUAUAGCGGCGUGUGUUAGCUUAGCUGCUCGGCAAGGCAACCGGCCGGCACGGAGGAAGCUCUCUCGCAUCGUGUGCAUUGCAUUGCAUGCAUGGAGCUUAGAUCCUUUAAUUUUGCGAAAUAUUUCAGAUAUUUUCAUUUCCCUUUUUGUUAAUUACCUGCUUGUAAGUUCUAUGAGAGAUCAAUGAAUUCUUUUCUGUUGGUAUACAUAUACAUUGUGAUCGUUUGUUGAGUGACAGAGAAGCUCAACAAAUUUGUUUUCAAAGGAAACGAAACCAUGUAAAUA